AAUUCAUAAUCUUUCCUUUAACAUGGGCACAUAUCCUUAACCCAACCCUAGAUCUUCCUUCUUCAACAACACCAACAACCUUCUUCCUUCUCUUCAACUCAACAACAUUAUAUCACAUACACUUCUUUCUCAGAUCUCUCCCGGAUUCCCUCACACGCUUCCUCUAUCAAAAACACCCUACAAUUCUUCCUGUGCAAGUCUUCUUCCUCAACAAUAUUCCUCCUUUGAGCCUCAAAACCCCUCAAUUUUGCAUUUCAUCUUGUGGGAUCCACUUGAAUUGCACUGGAUUUGAAAUCCACUAAAAAAAUCACAUUUUUUCCACUGGGUAUGCUUUUUAUGUGACUGUAGUGUGUAGUGCAUUGUUGGCAUCGAGUUCUCAUGGCAAUGCCAUCGGGAAACGCGGUCAUGCCGGAAAAAAUGCAGUUUCCGGCUGGCGGUGGUGCUGCCAGUGGCGGCACUGAGAUCCAGUAUCGCCACCAGCCGUGGUUUGUGGAUGAGAGGGAUGGUUUUAUCGGUUGGCUUCGCAGUGAAUUCGCCGCUGCGAAUGCCAUCAUAGACUCCUUGUGCCACCAUUUGCGUGUUGUUGGUGAGCCUGGGGAGUAUGAUAUGGUUGUUGGGGCAAUUCAGCAGAGGAGGUGUAAUUGGACUCAGGUGCUGCUUAUGCAGCAGUACUUUUCUGUGUCUGAGGUUGUAUAUGCACUGCAGCAGGUAGCCUGGAGGAGGCAGCAGAGGUUUCUGGAUCCAGCAAAGACUGGCUCCAAGGAGUUUAGGAAAUUCGGUUCGGGGUUUAGGCAAGGGCAGCACAGGAAUGAGGCUUCCAAGGAAGGUUAUAAUUCUAGGAACGAGGUUGCCAAAGAAGGUUAUAAUUCUAGGAAUGAGGCUGCCAAGGAAGGUUAUAGUUCUAACGUAGAAUCUUUUGGUCGCGAGAUAAAUGCUGUGGCUGUUGCUGGAGGUGUGGAAAAAGGGACUCGUGCGAUUGAUAAGAAUGGAGAACUUAACUCUGGUGGCAAGGUUGGGACCAUGGAUAACAAUAGUAUAGCAUCUCCUGAGGAGAGUAAAGAUGCUGUUACAAAUGAUCACCUUGAUGGCACUUUGAAUGGCUCUGUGAAUUCUCAAGGAUCUCUGUCUAGCUCAGAAUGUGAAGCUACGGGUGUAAAUGAAGAAUGUACAUCAAAUUCUGAAGGAAAUGAUUCACAUUCUAUGCAAAAUCAAAAUCAGAAUGCUUCUACCGUGGGAAAAUCUUUUACUGGCAACGAGAUGUUUGAUGGGAAGAUGGUGAAUGUGGUUGAUGGAUUGAAGUUAUAUGAAGAUUUAAUUGAUGGUACCGAAGUUUCAAAACUUGUUUUAUUAGUCAAUGAUCUGAGAGUUGCUGGAAAAAGAGGACAAUUUCAAGGAAGUCAGACAUUUGUGGUAUCAAAGAGGCCCAUAAAAGGACGUGGAAGGGAAAUGAUUCAGUUAGGUGUUCCCAUUGCUGACGCACCACCUGAUGUGGACAAUGUAACCGGAAUCUCCAAAGAUAAGAAAGUAGAAUCUAUACCUUCUUUGUUCCAAGAUAUUAUUGAGCGCUUGGCUGCCUCACAAGUGAUGACUGUGAAGCCUGAUGCUUGCAUUGUGGAUUUCUUUAACGAGGGUGAUCAUUCACAGCCUAAUAGUUGUCCACCUUGGUUUGGAAGGCCUGUUUAUACGCUUUUCCUAACUGAAUGUGACAUUACUUUUGGGAGAAUAAUUGUCUCGGACCAUCCUGGGGAUUAUAGGGGUGCAGUCAAGCUUUCUCUUUUACCAGGGUCCCUUCUGGUGAUGCAAGGGAAAUCAACUGAUUUUGCUAAACAUGCACUUCCUUCUAUUCACAAACAACGGAUACUUGUGACCUUCACAAAGUCCCAACCAAAAAGUUCUCUGCCAAGUGAUUCUCAACGAUUUAGUCCACCGUUGACAUCUCAUUGGGCACCACCAUCGAGCCGAACUCCCAAUCACAUACGUCAUCAAUUAGGCCCGAAGCAUUAUCCCACUGUUCCGGCAACCGGAGUAUUGCCGGCACCAUCCAUUCGAGCACCUCCAAACAGUAUGCAGACAUUGUUUGUGCCAGGAGCAGUUGCACCUCCCAUUUCAUAUCCUACAGCUGUGCCAAUUCCACCAGGUUCAACCGGAUGGACCUCUGCUCCUCAGAGGCAUCCACCUCCACGAAUGCCUGUUCCCGGCGGCACAGGAGUCUUCCUCCCCCCACCUGGCUCAGGCACCACUUCAUCUCAGCACUUACCUGACGGGGAAAAUACAUCAUCGGCCAUGUCGGGAAAGGAAAGUUGGAAAUCUAACCAUAACAGCACAAAUUCUUCACCAAAAGGUAAAGUGGAUGGAAAUAUGGUAGGUGGGGAAGAAUGCAAUGGAAAUGCAGAUGGAAGUGAGGGUGAAGAUGUGGUAGGGAAAGAAGACGAAAGCAAUGAUGCAAAGCAUUGAGCAAUGUUAUGGUAGCAACAUUAUGAGUAUGAAGCAAAUGUAAAGAGCGGCAACAUUCAACAUUCAACAUUCAAAAUUCAAAAUUCAACACGUCACACGAUAGGAUACUGCAAAAGAGAGAACAAGGGAAGGAGGCAGGGCUUUUUGAUUCACUUCUUAAUCCUUUUGUUUUCUCCAUUCCUUUUUGCUUGUCUUACUAUAUUAACUUUUACAGCAAGGGAAACCCAUUCUUAAUUCAGAUUUUCAUUUUUCCUA